AUGACAGAUUCCAUCCGUGUGUCAUCUAUUCUCCUUCUUCAGAGGUAUUCACAGUCCCGCUGCGAUGAGUCAGGGUUAUUUGGCCUGAAGCUUCCAAUCCCCGGAGAUGGAGGAGAUUGCCUUUCUGGAUGCAACAGCGAGUCCGAGGUUUACCAGAAGCUAGACGAUCUUAGGCAAUAUGUUGAUUUCCUCUUCGCUCAGUCGAAUUCGCUAUAUAAUGCAUUUCUUCGAUGUACGGACCAUCCAAUAUUCCAGCGAACCGAUCUCGGCUACGCAGAAGAUGCCAUUCUGCCUAUGACAUUCGAAAGCCGUGAAGACGCAAUUGCUUGCGCGAUGUAUGCCUUGGUGCAGGUCUUUUGUGACCGCCAAACACUUAGGCAUUUGCUUCUAGCGGAGACUGGAGAAGUGGCUUUGCCGUUAACUCGGUGGGCUAAGGUGAUCCUUGCUAUUGCGAAAGGAUGGGAUCCAUCACAAUACUUAUACGAGGAGACGUAUAACAUGAACAUAGGAUGGAUUGUGGAGUUGCUUUGUCUUCGCUGGCCCAACGCUGAUAUAUUGACCUACCUAACUCAGCACCUCGUCCCUGGCCUCAGGUUGGCUCGGCAUGCCAUGGAAGAUACUGCAGGGGCUUUGAUGCUAUUUGAUUUGGUAAUAGACAUGCUCAAUUCCGAAAACGCCCGUGGACGCAAAGUCUUUGCCAUGCACCUUGUCCAUGAAGAUUCUCCUAAGGAAAACGGAUUCUUCCUGCCCAAUCAGUCAUUCCGUUUUGUCGUCCAUGGUUAUAAUGACGAUGGAGAGUUUUUCCAUGAUUAUAUCUCACCGCCAACUUGA